AUGAUUAAGAAAAAUACAGAUAAUAAGGAAAAUCAGUGCCUACAAACUUCAAAACGAAGGUUUGAUUCUAUUGAAGCUUUAAAUAAAAAGAUAUCAGACUUACAAGAACAAAUAAGUGUGUUACAAGAGCAACUUAGCAAGUUUGCGCAUGAUUUUGAAGUUUUUGUUACACCAAAAAAUCUAGCAGUAACAUUUCAUUUCGUUAAUAGCGCCGAUUGGACUUUUUCUGAAGUUUGCAAACUUUAUAAGUUUACUGAUAACUCAGAUCCUGGCAUCGAUAUAUACCCCAUUUUUUUAUGUGGUCGUAUUGAAUUAAAGGAUAAAAAGUCACAAAUUAAAGUUAAACAUCUUAUGUCUGA